GUAAAAUUUUGUGAAGUUAUAACUUAUAGCAUAAGCAAUGGACAAACGUAAAAGGGCCCAGCGUAUCACCCAACAGCAAUACGAGCUCUAUGUCCACGAGUUAGAGAGUAACGCCGAUUUUAGGGCCCAAAAGUUCGUGGCAGACAAGCCAGAUCUUUUGGAAAAGAUCUGGGAAGGGUUGGUGGCCAAACUCAAUUCUGUGGGAGGACCACAGAAAAGUGUUAAGCAGUGGAGAGAGAGAUUUGCAGAUUGGAAAUUUAAUGUUAGGAAGAAGGCGAGGAAUUUACGACUGUAUGAAAGAGGAACUGGAGGUGGAGAAGCUGCUGCAGGUACUUUAACAGACCUGGAGCAGCGACUCCUAGGUAUUACGGGGAAAGUCGUUGUUGCGGGGUUGGUUUCGUUACCUGAAUUAGGUGUACCACAAUUGGACAGAGUGAACUCUGUAAGAAUUGUUAAACUGCGCAAACGCAGAACAGAAUAA